UGGGAAGAAACACAAAUGAAUCUUAAACUUACUUUACAAAGAAGAAUCUAUGGCAUUCACGCUCCGUUAAGACAUAUGAUAGAACAAAGCAUUGUGUCUAAGGUGAAACGCUUACCAGGUUUACCAUCAUCCAAUUUGGGAUUGGAAAUUUUGAUGGGCAAAGAUGAAACUAUUGAUUUUGAAAUUUCUUAA